ACUGCGUCACUUCCGCUCUCUUGCUCUGUGGCGCGAUUCGCGCGAGAGAAUGAACAAUUCAUGAGAACACAAGUGCACAAACUCACGAUCUCACAGAUGCAGGAUUUUAUCAGAUAGUUAAAAAACAGAGUGGUUUGGUUAAGCGCACAUUUAACUCGAUUAAGAAGCAGCUCGUGUGAGGAUCAUUAUGCCGCGGAGGAAGAGGACAGCAGGCAGUAGUUCAGAUGGGACAGCUGACUCUGAUGACUCUGGAGAUCACGAGAAGACCGACAGCUCACACAGUGAAGCCCACCAGCGCAAUAACACCCGUAUGACCCGAGCAUCACUGCGCCUCAGUCACAGCUCACAGGAUGCCCCACCAGAUGUGAAACAGGCAACGGAGAGAGAUGAGUCUCCACCCAGGACACCCACAGGAAAUGCCCCUUCGUCUGAAUCAGACAUUGACAUUUCCAGUCCCAAUGCCUCUCACGAUGAAAGUGUGGCUAAAGACCAAAAAGACUCUGGCAGUGAUCCGUCUCAUCGUCCCAAACGCCGGCGCUUUCAUGAAAGCUAUAACUUUAACAUGAAGUGUCCCACACCUGGGUGCAAUUCUCUGGGACAUUUGACUGGGAAACAUGAGCGCCAUUUCUCAAUAUCUGGUUGCCCUCUCUACCAUAACCUCUCAGCGGAUGAAUGCAAGGUGAAAGCCAUUGAGCGUGAAAAACAAGAGGAAGAACGAAGUCAGGGCCAAAAUGAAGAGAACAGACAUGCUACUCGACAUCAGGCUCCAACUCCAAGACAGGUUCGAUACAAGGAGAAAGUAAUGGAGAUAAGAAAAAGAAGGGAUACUGGCCUGUCAAAAGACCAAAAAGAAAAGUAUAUGGAGCACCGACAGACUCAUGGAACCAGUCGUGAACCACUGCUGGAGAACAUCACAAGUGAAUAUGAUCUGGAGCUCUUCAGAAAGGCCCAGGCCCGAGCAUCAGAAGAUCUGGAGAAACUGCGUCUACAGGGUCAGAUCACAGAAGGCAAUAACAUGAUCAAAACCAUUCUGUUUGGUCGCUAUGAGCUGGAUACCUGGUACCACUCACCCUACCCUGAGGAAUAUGCCCGACUGGGGCGUCUUUACGUCUGUGAGUUCUGCUUGAAGUACAUGAAGAGUCAGACCAUCCUGCGCAGACACAUGGCCAAGUGUGUAUGGAAACAUCCCCCUGGUGAUGAGGUCUACAGGAAAGGUGCCAUCUCUGUGUUUGAGGUCGAUGGAAAGAAGAACAAGAUCUAUUGCCAGAACCUGUGUUUGCUGGCCAAGCUGUUUUUGGACCAUAAAACACUGUAUUAUGAUGUGGAGCCAUUUCUUUUUUAUGUCAUGACUGAGGCUGAUAACACCGGCUGUCACCUGGUGGGAUAUUUCUCAAAGGAGAAGAACUCGUUCCUGAAUUAUAACGUGUCCUGUAUCCUGACUAUGCCUCAGUACAUGCGGCAGGGCUUCGGGAAAAUGCUGAUUGAUUUUAGUUACCUGCUGUCUAAAGUGGAAGAGAAAGUGGGCUCACCGGAGCGCCCCCUGUCAGAUUUGGGCCUCAUCAGUUAUCGCAGCUACUGGAAGGAAGUGCUCCUGCGUUACAUGUACAACUUUAAGGGCAAAGAGAUCUCCAUCAAGGAGAUUAGUCAGGAGACGGCUGUGAACCCAGUGGACAUUGUCAGUACUCUACAGUCACUACAGAUGCUCAAGUACUGGAAGGGAAAGCAUCUGGUCUUAAAGAGACAGGACCUUAUUGAUGAGUGGAAGGCCAAAGAGACCAAGAGGGGCAACAACAACAAGACAAUAGACCCCAGCUCUCUGAAAUGGACCCCUCCUAAAGGAACCUAGUGUACUUGUUUUCUUGCAUUUCAUACUUUACUGCCAAGUCAACUCUUUUUAAGACACUGACUCCAUCAAUGAUGUCUUUUGCAAGGACUUGACCUCCUAGUGUCAUUUUUGUCUUUUUUACGUACCUCUGAAAUCUCACACUUUUGUUUUAUACAGUGCUAUUUAUUUUUGGAUGCUUCAGAUUUCGUGAUGUUUCCCUGGCCAAAUAAUUUCUUUGCCCUGGCGUAUAUUGUUUUAAUUUUUUUAAACAAAAAAAAAAUCUUUAGCAGUUGAAUGUAGUGAAAAAUUUGCGGCCUUGCUAAAAAUGAUGAGAUUUUCAGUCUGUUAAAUACACUUUUAUUCUCUUCAUGAA